AUGACGACGGAGGAGUAUAUUACGACGGUGGAGGGGAAGGAGUGUAUCACGACGGAGAAAAUUUUCCAGUGGCAGAGUGAUUAUUGGAGUGGAGUUGUAGAAUCUGAAGUAAUCUUCUUCAAUCUUCUUAAUUCUCCAUUAUUGAGAUAUGUUGGAUUGUUGCUUACGACAAAAAUUAACCCUAACCCUAAGAUUACUUGA